AUGACUGAAACAAUGAUCGCUUUGGUGACCGGUGCGUCGUCCGGAAUUGGCUACGAAUUGACCAAACAACUGGCUCAAAAGGGCUACAAAGUUUACGCCGCUGCUAGACGUAUUGAGCCUAUUCAACCGUUGGAAAAAGAGUUCCCUGGGUUAGUAACACCUCUAAAACUGGACGUUUCGGAACCGGAGCAAAUUCUCGCUCUCAAAGACCGUUUGCUAACAGAAUUGCCAGCUCAAAAACUGGAUAUUCUGUACAACAAUGCGGGCCAAAGUUGUACUUUCCCUGCCACGGAUGUGACCAGCGAGGUUCUGGAGACUGCAUUCAAAGUAAACGUCUUUGGGCCCAUCAACUUGUGUCGCGAAUUGCUGCCUUUUGUCAUCAACGCGCGCGGUACCGUUCUGUUCACGGGAUCCAUCGCUGGCAUCGUGUCUUUCCCAUUCGGCUCUGUAUACAGUGCCACGAAGGGAGCGAUUCACAGCUACUCACGGGCCUUGCACAUUGAAAUGAAACCCUUUGGCGUUCGCGUUAUAAACGUGGUCACCGGCGGCGUGGCCACCGAAAUCGCAGAUAAACGUCCUCUACCAGAAGGUUCGAUUUACAACAUUCCAGAGGCAACAGACGCUCUAGCAGCUCGUCGUAACAUUGCCAAGGACAACAAACCAAUGAGUGCAGCCAAGUACGUUGCAGAGGUUUUAAGGGACAUUGAAAGCACCAGGGACCCCAUCGAAGUGUUCCACGGUACAUUUGCGAGUAUUGUCCGGUAUUUCACAAGCUACCUUCCAUUUUGGGUCUUAGAAUUCAUGUUGGAGCGCAAGUUUAAACUUGUUGGUAUGAGAAAGGCUCUUGCCAAACCCAAGCGUCACUAA